AAUGAAUCAAGAUUUGAUUAUAGCAUCGAAUAUAUUUUAUGAGGAUUUAUAAAUGUCACAUAAAUGUUGCAACAAAAAGUUAUUUAGGCGAGUAAACUCGAACAUAACCCACUAUUUUUUUAAAGAAAACUCAAACUGGCUAACUCUCGUGUAGGUUUAGUCAUUUUAUGGUAUCUCACCCGACCUUCCUCAUAGCUCAAAUUAGUUAGAUAGUAUUUAGUUUGGUGGAAUAAAAUAAUAAUUGUAAUGGUAAUAGUAAUGUAAUAGAAUAAGAAUUGUAAUAGGAAUUAAUGGUUUAGUUUGUUGUUGUAAUUGUAAUGAGAAUAAACAUUACAAUUGUAAUCAUGAUUCCAAUACAUUACAACAAACUAAAACGUCAUUACUUGUUACUUUCAUAGCAAUACAUAUAACCCCGUAACUCAGAUGCAACGAUGAUCAUUGAUCUCACCUACCUUCUUCCAUGUCCACCACCGAAUCAUCAUCGCAGUCGGCUCCUGAAUCGGCGGUGCUCAUCCCCUCUCUCUCAGACGACGUCGCCUUGAACUGUCUGGCUCGAAUCCCAAGGUGCCACCACCCAACCCUCUCCCUUGUCUCCAAAACCUUUCGUUCCCUCCUCUCUUCCCCACUCCUCUUCAACGCUCGCUCUCUCCUCAACUCCACCCAACACUUCCUCUACCUCACCCUUCGCUCUCACACCCUCCAAAAUCCUUUCUCAUGGCUCACUUUCUACAAACCACAGCACAAUUCACUCCCAGACCACACCCAUUUCCAGGCCCUCAUCGUCCCUGUUCCCCCAAUCCCCUCCCCAUCGGUCGGCUCCGCCUACGCCACAUUGGGUCCCAAGAUCUACGUCCUCGGCGGCUCAGUCAACGACGUCCCCACCUCCCACGUGUGGGUCCUUGACUGCCGCUUCCACACGUGGGAGCCCGGCCCCAGCAUGCGUGUGGGUCGGGAGUUCGCCGCCGCGGGUGUUGUCGACGGUAAGAUCUACGUGAUGGGAGGUUGUGCGGUGGACUCUUCGGCCAGGUCAGCUCACUGGGCUGAGGUGUUCGAUCCUGUCGUCGGGCGCUGGGAGGCCGUUCCGAGCCCGAUUGAGGUCCGGGACAAGUGGAUGCACGCGAGCGCCGUGGUGGGUGGGAGAAUCUACGCUAUGGCGGACCGAGGAGGGGUUGUGUACAGCCCGAUGAGGAAGGAAUGGGAGGGAGUGGGCGUUGAUUUGGACAUGGGUUGGAGAGGGAGGGCUUGCGUUGUGGAUGAGGUGUUGUAUAGCUACGAUUACCUGGGGAAGAUUAAGGGGUUUGAUUUUAGGAAUGGGGAAUGGAAAGAGCUCAAGGGGGUGGAUAAAGAGUUGCCUAAGUUCUUAUGUGGGGCAACAAUGGCGAAUGUGGGUGGUAGGCUGAUUGUGCUGUGGGAAGAGAAGGUUGAUAGGAAUGAGAAUAGGAACGUGAGAAGGAAAGAUAUUGAUAUAUGGUGUGCUGAGAUUGAAGUGAAGAAAAAUGGGGAUAGGGAUCAGUACGGGAAGAUUCAUUGGUCAGAAAAGGUUCUUUCUGUCCCCUUUGGGUCGUCCAUUGUCCAUUGCACUGGGGUUUCCUUGUGAUCAGGUAUCAAGUUUUCUGUAAUUUGAUUGCACACAAGGAUUUGGUAAUAGCAUGCUUGGAUGAGAAAGCAUGAUACUGCGAUAUAUAUUUGUCUCAGGAAUAUAUGUAUAGGUAUUAGGUAUGAAUGGGUUGUAUUAAUAGGUAAUACCCUUUGAUUAUAUAUAUAUAUAUAUAUAUAAGAAGAAAUUAACUUAAGAGUGGAGAUAGGCGUUUCUAUUUGGAUUUAUUUGGGAUGCAGUUACUCAUAUAUGCAUGAUGGACAAACUUUGUUCGUUGUAAGUUUAGUUUGCAUUUUUAUGCCUUAUGUAAGCACGAAGCUUCUCCUACAGGCUACAAGCCAACGUAUUCAAGUGAGGAAGAAGUUUAAUAAGCCCGUAUAUUUGUGUUGGAAUUAUAUAUUUAUAUAUAUGUAUAUAUAUAGAUGGAUCCUCAUUGCAGAACUUUUUAUUUUUA